AUGGCACAAGACCCCCGUCUAACCGAGUUCCUCCGCUGGUCCGUCGCGCACUCGGACGCGACCGUCAACAACGAGUCGCCCGAGUCGCAGUCGCAAGUGACGCCGGAAAUGAUGGCGGCCCUCAUGGGCGGGCCCUCGGACGCAGACCUCAUGAAGGCAUCCAUGGAGCUCAUCACGGCGCCCGACGCCGAGGUCAGCAUGGACAACAAGCUCAUCGCGUGGGAAAACCUGGAGCAGCUCAUCGAGUCGCUCGACAACGCGAACAACAUGGCCAGCCUGGGCCUGUGGGGCCCGCUGCUCGCGCAGCUCAAGCACGACGAGGGCGAGGUCAAGAAGAUGGCGGCCUGGUGCGUGGGCACGGCGGUGCAGAACAACGAGAAGACGCAGGAGAGGCUGGUGGCCAUGGGGGACGCCGGGCUGCCGACGCUGGUCGCGUUGGCGCUCGGCGGCGCCGGCGAGGCCGAGGACGUGAGGAGGAAGGCCGUCUACGCGCUGAGCUCGGCGUGCAGGAAUUACCAGCCCGCCAUGGACGUUUUUGUGGAGGAACUGGGCAGGAGGGGCGUGGGGGACGGUGUCAAGAUCGACGCCUUUGACAUGGACGCCGUGGAUGCUGUCAUUGGCGCCUUGAGGGAGAAGAUCAAGGGUGCGUAG